ACAGGGUCGUAACAAAAGGUUUUUGCGCAGUACUCACCGGGGCAUUCGCCAGAGGUUACGUCUGUUAGGCCAGAGGCUCUUUGGAAGGGGUGUUGUCUUCAUUUAGAUAACAAGGGAAAGGAUGGAACAGCUCCAACUUGAUUUAAAUCUGGUCAAAAAAGAACCUCAUUAUUUCGAAGACUAUGGACAGAGCUCGGGAAAUAUUUUGGACAACAUCAUCCCGGAACCAGAUUUCGAUCCUUUUGGUCAAGGCGCCUCUAAUGUCCCCAAUGAAGAUGACAUGGACCAAGGAGUCGACUGGCUAAACAGCUUCUUCGACGAACCCCCACAUGACACAUGCAACAUCAAUGCACUUAACCCCCCAAUUUCAAAGCUGUCAGACGUACCUUUAAGUAUGGGCAAUGUAUAUCCUUCGGUGGUAAAAUUAUUAGGGCAAAACAUGCAAGGUGGAUCGCUUGUGGAAAGCCUGAAUUUGAUUUCUGAUGAUUAUGCCGGCGAAGUCUAUAAAACACCAAUUUCAACUGGGACCCCCUCCCCCGACCCAUUUCUUGCCCCUGCGGAUGAGGUGAAACAGAGAAUACAAACGAAACUUUUGGCUGAUGUCACUAUACCAGAUAUAUUGAAAAAGGCACAAAAUUUUAAAGUACUGACACAACUAGACAGAAAUUCACUGAGUCUGGCAACAGCAAGGGAGUUAAUUCAGAGACUGAAAUCAGAAUCAGAGGAUAACGCACACAGGGUUCCAGAUCACAAAAUAGGGCGGACAAAUGCUAGUGAAAAAAAUCGGAACAUUAGAUCCUGUGCGUCAAAUUUUAGAAGAGAGAGUGACAGCAAUGGUAAUGAUUCUGGAAAUCACUCGCUUUUAUCGAGAAUUUCUUGUACUGUUCCAGAGCUGUCUUCGUUGCAAAAUGGACGACCAUUAUGCUACGAUUCACCAAGACAACCAUCACCUGGAUGCGCCUCCUUAUCACCUACGCGUUUCCUUGGAGACAAAGAUGGCGGAAUGUCCAGUGCAGACAAUACACCUACUAGCGAGAAACCUCUUGAACGACAACCGUUUUACCUGUCUGAAGAAGAGAGACGAACACUAAUAACUGAAGGUCUCCCCGUGCCUGUCGGAUACCCUUUGUCGAAAGUCGAAGAGCGAGCGCUGAAGAAGGUUAGAAGAAAGAUAAAAAAUAAGAUAUCGGCACAAGAAAGCAGACGAAAAAAGAAAGAGUACAUGGAAGCUUUAGAAAAAAAAAUAGACGUACUGAACGGCGAUAAUACAGACUUAAAGAAAAAACUAGAUGCUCUCGAAAAUUCAAAUAAAUCUCUUUUAACGCAACUACAUAAACUCCAGUCUGUGGUAGCGGCACGAGCUACACGACAAUUAACAACUCGAUCUUCCCAAACAGAAAUUCCUUCGAAAUGAUAUGGACACAUACACAAAUUCAAUUGUCACAUCUCCAGAAUUUAAAUGAAUCAAUAUGAACUCAGUUAUGGCAAAUCAAAGUCGAAGCUUGAUAGACUAUUAUAAAUUUCUUUGGGGUUUUGUUGUUUUUUGUUUCAAUAUGCAGACGUUCUAAUAACGUCUUAAAAUCACUUUUUGGCUAGCAAAAUUGUCGUUAACUUAUGUUGUACGAUUUUCCCAUUGACAAGAUAAUCCUUCUCUCAACAUAUUGAAUUUGCAAUAGUCUGGAACAGUCGUUUGUUGAUAACUGCUACUCGUUAUACUGUGUUUCUAAAAGCUAUUUUAACCUCAACGUUGUAAGGAACAGUCCGUUGUUGCUAACUUUAUUUAUUUGUCUGUCAUUAAAAUGUACCUUCAUUAAAAAUGUCUGAUGCGAAUUCCUCAAAAAAUCAA